AUGAUGAAACGUGAUGAUGAUCCGUUUUGGACAGCUAAAGAAGCAGUCUACUCUACCCAACUGUCCGCCUGGGAGCACUUGCAGUUGUUUUUCUUCCUCAACCAUUCAUUUGAUCGGAAUAAAGCAGGCCAGUUUCUUCUAGAUAAGCUUGCAGAUCUGGGUCCAGAUGACUCGAGGGAGAAAUACUUGCGCUCUAUCAUAGAUGAUAUGCGGUCUCUAGCACAAAAAUUCUCCCGAAGCACCCCCAUAUCUUCUAAUGCGAUUUCUGCCCUAAAAGAACGCCAGAAUGGCAUUUGCCACAUCUCGGGCGAGUCUCAGGAUCUCCAACCUAUCCAUAUAGUGUCACCUUCAGUCCUUCACGAUGAUGACCUCAUACCCGGUACUCCGUUACGGGAAAUCUUAGACAUAUGUGUAUCCCCGGAAGUCACUGAUAAACUCUUCUCCUUCAUGAGAUCCAGCGAGAGUGUUAGCGACAACCUGAAAAACUUAUGGCUGAUGAGCCCAGCCGUUGCGGCUGCAUUUCGAGAGGGACGUAUCUCAAUAUAUAAGAAUGACUCUGAUCCCAAAAGAUUGUAUUGGUUGCUACGGAGAACCAGGCCAGGAAACUUCAACGUACCCGGUGUAGCGAGGAACUGCAAAUUCUCCUCGAUGCCAUCAACUCCGGAUGAUACCAAACUUCCUCUACCAGAGGGUGUUCUGCUCGAGGUCCAUCACCAUGUUUCCGAGUUUCUAUACUACCUAGAUGUUGAAAAGCAAAUCCAAGCCGGGUGGGAGAUUGAGAACGAGUAUACCGGUCCUUGUAGGAGCUUCCGCGGACGGAUACUUCGAGCACUGUUUUCUAUGCUUCCACAUUUCUUUCGGCUAAAGAUUAUGAAGCUUAUCGUUUGGGCUCAAGAUCGAUGGAGACCACCCUAUGACAAGUCCCUCAGAUAUCUACCGUUUGGACUAUGCUUGAAGAUCGGACGCAGAGUCAUGGAAAACGAAGCCAACGCUCUCCGUCUGGUUGAACGAGACACACAGGUCCCCGCGCCACAGCUAAUUGGUUUUGCCAAAGAUGGACUAGGAGACGGGUAUCUUCUCAUGUCAAGGGUUCCGGGAGUUCCAGUCGAUGCCGUUUAUUAUCGAAUGACAUACGAAGAACGUGCUCAGCUUACAAAGGAUUUAAAGGACCAUAUUCUACAGUAUCGCCAGAUCAGAAACACUUCCCCGUACCUUAUUUGCAAUACCCUGGGGGGACCUACGUAUGAUCACCGGACAGACACUGGCGAUGUAUGGGGCCCUUACCGAACAAAGGAUGAAUUCACCAAUAUGCUCACCGAAGGCCUUGAAGAACUUAGGGAUGGACCUCCCCUUUCGGCCCUGUACAAGAAACACCAUCGGAUUCUCUUUACUCAUUCAGACUUGCAUUACUCGAACCUGUUUAUUCACAAGGGACGCCUGUGCGGUAUUGUGGACUGGGAGUGUGCAUCUUUCAAGCCAGAAUACUGGGAGUUUACUCGGGCAGUGUGGUCCUUUAUGGCCGACAGGCAGCGGGAACAGAAUUAUCGCCUGGCCUUUGUUGAAAACUACCAGGAAGAGCUAGAGGCUGAGCGACUAAUUUGGAGUAAAAAACCAGUUUACUGA